GCCUAAUUCAAGAGCCUAGGAACUUGAAAUCGCUGGGAACCUUUGCUGCUCAUAUUUGGUGGGAUGGCUAUAUGUCAAUUCCGCCGCCAGAGGUUAUUUCUCCCAGUCAGUCACUUGGGAACUUUUCACGUAUGAUAAAAUCAUAUCAUGGUAUGCUAAAUGAAGGAUUGGCCAUUCAAACACUAACGAAGUCCUUGUGGUGACAUGGGAUCGACUAUAACUGAGACCCUUCCCUAAACCGCAUCAACCCUAAGAGUUCUCGCCAUAUUUUCUAUUGCUGCCAAAUCCGCGAUGUCUGAAAGCUGCAUUACGUCCUCAUUAUCUCAUGGUCGUCCAUCUGGAAGGACACGCCAGGUGUUGGAUAGCGCUCGCCGGGCGAAAAAAAGAGAAACCGACCGGCAAUCACAAAGAACUGUGCGCGAAAGAACAAAAACAUAUAUUUCUUACCUGGAAAAGCUGGUCACGGCCUUGGGGCAAAGCAAAGAAAAUGGACAAUUCGAAACUUUAAUACAGCAACUUCAAAAAGAACGCGAGGAGAAAGAGAGACUCAAGGAUACCAUGACAAGCAUAGGUAAAUUAGUUCGUGGAGUUGAAAUCUCGGAUUGUCCAAAGUCUGAGGAUGCGGAAUCAACUUCAUCUUCAUUGGCUGUGUCAGCAACAACAGAUUUCAAACUAUACGACGAGAUGUAUAGAGUGGUAGCUUCAUCUAGGGGAAGUGACACAGUUCUUUACGGAACUUCCUCAAUGGGAGAACUGCCAAUACAAUUACAGGUGCACCAGCAAUCUCCUGGUCCUCUUCCUUCAUCUCUCUCUUUAUCCAGUCAACUAUCACCCAUACUUAAUUCUGGUCUCGGCCAAACAAUGCCAAGCUUGACAAUGUCUGUUGCUCCCACUAUAAGUCUGCCAGAUGAACUUUUCACAAAUGAUAACGACAAUAUGAGCAUAUUUUCUGUGGUAGACAAUGCCAUUAAUAUGGUUCAGGAGCUGGGGGCUAGUGUGAUAUCCACUAAUAUGUUACAAGAUGCUGAUAUUGCUAUUCGGGCGGUCUUGUAUGGAUGGGUGGAAACUGAGGGGUGGUAUACCCUAGAUAUUGGAUGGCAGCUUCUUCGUCAAUUUGAUAAAUGCCUAUUCUCCACUGCAGGUAGUGUGGAAAGAUUAGCCAUUCUGAAACUUCUGAGAUUAAAACUACGAGAUAACGUUGGCCUCGGAGGUGAGAGUAGCCAUUCCCUGCCCCCAUUCAUGGCCCGAAGAUCACCACGGAGCUUAAGCAGACAACAAACUCUAGUCGAUUAUUUUGCAUGGCCAAAAUUUAGGGAGUUUCUAGUUCUCAAAGGAGGUACUUACAUGACAAGAGAAAAUGUAGAAAAGUUUGCAGCAAGUCUACAGUUUUACUGGCCUUUUGACUUGCAAGAUGUUUGUCUAAGGAACCGGCAUACUUGUCUCUACUCCUUCUCCGGUGCCUUUAAUGAGAGAUUUCAGGAUAUCCGAUGGUGGACAUUGACUCCUGAAUACUUCGAACAAAAGCGUUUCCUAAUCGGCCAGAUGCCAGUAUUCGAACCUAGUGUGGAGAGACUAUUUGAUAAAGAGAGUCCGGCAACAACCUACUAUCCAUCAGCAGUGAAUGCAGACAUCCUGAUACCAUAGUAACAAAUUUUACAAGCCAAGGGAUUCAUUAAGAUCUGAAUAGAAAUUUUUUCUGUUUGAGUAUGUUCUAUUCUCUUCAAACUACUCCGUCCAAGGACCCGGUGAGAAUUUUUGGAACCUACUGCGAGUUUGCACGCGCGCUAUGCUAUGUCACACAAGAACCAGCAUUCAUAUAUCUUCCAAGAUGUGAAUAGCUUGAAAUGGAAAUACCCAUACAAACUCAAUCUAGUAUAUAAGAUCGAAGACAACAACUAAAGGCGAGAG